AUGAACUACCCAUAUCCUGCACCUGCACCUGAAAAAAAGAGACGGUAUAAGCCUGGCACAGUGGCGCUUCGAGAAAUCCGGAAAUACCAGCGUUCUACAGACUUGUUGAUCUCAAAGCUUCCUUUUGCACGUGUGGUCCGUGAGGUAGCGGAUGAAUUUAUCGAGGCCAACUAUGACUCCAGUGCUAGUGCAGUGGGUCUACGAUGGCAAAGUUCUGCGAUUCUUGCGUUGCAGGAAGCGACAGAAGCCUACCUGGUCCACCUGUUUGAAGAUGCGAACUUAUGUGCCAUCCAUGCCAAGCGUGUAACGAUCAUGCAACGUGACAUCCAACUAGCACGUCGUAUUCGAGGUGUUUGGGGCGGUAUGGGGUAA